ACCAUGCCUACUCGUCUACUCCCCACAAAAGUCCGAUUCUGAACCGUGGACGUUAGUUUAAUCAAUCGAAUUUCUAAUGAACACUUCUGGCGUGCUCUCAUGGAUAUUGCCUACCAGAAUCUUCGCAGUUCCUUUCCUCCCUACCUUCCACCGCCGGAGUUUUCUCCGACGUCUGGUUUUAAGCUCACAAAGAAGCUUCAUUUCCCGAUUAUGAUUUCUACCAAUUGUAGAAGGAACGAGUUUAAAAGCUCGAGCUAUCGAGUGCGGAAUUCUUCUUUGAUGCUCCAAUAUACGGCGCCUGAAAAUGAUGGAAAUGGAGACGAAAACUUUAAGUCGUUUGGACAUUGGGUUCAUGUUCCGCUUUCGUUGUUUCCUGGUGUUAGUUCUAGUUGGUGGAACUUAACUGAGGAUAAGCAAGUGCUAAUUGGAGCUGCGAAGCCGAUCACGGUUUAUUUAGCUCUUCGUCGGAUGUGGAAAUUGGUUUGGGAUAGUAAUCGGUGGGUUCUCCUCGUUGCUUUUGGAGCUCUAACAAUGGCUGCGAUUUCUGAAAUUUCCAUGCCGAACAUCUUGGCAGAAUCUAUCUUUUCUGCUAGCCGUGGCAAGACUGUUGGAUUCGCUAGAAAAUUCCAGCUCUUAGUCAUUCUUUCUAUGACAUCCGGGAUAUGCAGCGGACUGCGAAGUGGCUGCUUUGGACUCGCAAAUAUAAUCUUGGUUAAACAUCUGAGGAAGCUUCUGCACUCAGCUAUUCUUUUUCAGGAUAUAUCCUUCUUUGACAAAGAGAUGGUUGGUAAUUUGACAAGCAGACUUGGAGCAGAUUGUCAACAAUUGGCUCAUGUAAUUGGAAAUAAUAUCAAUUUGAUUACACGAAAUGCUCUUCAGGCUACUGGUGCAUUGGCCUAUUUGCUGACAUUAUCUUGGCCUCUUGCAAUAUCUACGCUGGUCAUAUGUUCUGUUCUAUCAGCAAUCUUUCUACUUUAUAGCCGGUAUGUAAUGAGAACAGCCAAGCUGACCCAAGAAUUCACUGCUUGUGCUCAUGAAGUUGCACGUGAAUCACUUACUCUGGUGAAAACCAUCAGGAUCUAUGGUACUGAAAGAAAAGAAGUUGGAAGAUACAAGCAAUGGUUGGACAGGUUAGCCUUUAUAAGUACUCGAGAAAGUGCAGCAAAUGGAUUGUGGAAUAUGAGUUUCAGUACCCUGUAUAGGUCAACUCAGGUUUUUGCAGUACUUCUAGGAGGAAUAGCUAUUCUGAGUGGUCAGACAUCAGCUGAGCAGCUUACAAAGUAUGUCUUGUACUGCGAGUGGUUGAUUUAUGCAACAUGGAGGAUCACAGAUCAUCUAUCAUCUUUGCUAUAUUCAAUUGCAGCAAGUGAAACAGUCUUCCAAUUAAUGGAUCUCUUGCCUAGUGAGCAAUUUUUAUCCAAAGGAGUGAAGUUGCCAGAGUUAAUGGGACAUAUUCAGUUUGUGAACGUGUCUUUUCAUUAUCAUCUUAGGGACAUGCUUCUGGAACAUAUAAAUAUUACCAUACGGGCAAAUGAAGUAGUAGCACUCGUUGGACCUAGUGGCUGCGGUAAAAGCACUCUAGUCAAUCUUUUGCUCUGUCUUUAUGAACCAACCAAUGGUCAGAUUUUUAUUGAUGGUAUUCCUCUGUGGGAAUUGGAUAUUAGGUGGCUAAGAGAGAAGAUUGGAUAUGUUGGACAGGAACCCAAUCUCUUCCACAUGGACAUCAAGUCAAAUAUUAGAUAUGGCUGUCCUAUGAAUACUACGCAAGAAGAUAUAGAAUUGGCUGCAAAGCAAGCAUGUGCUCAUGAAUUUAUCUCAUCUUUCCCCAAUGGCUAUGAUACCAUUGUUGAUGAUAAUCUACUUAGUGGAGGUCAAAAGCAACGGAUUGCUAUAGCAAGGGCUAUUCUUAGAAACCCUGCUAUUUUAAUUCUUGAUGAAGCCACCAGUGCUCUGGAUUCUGAAAGUGAACAUUUUGUCAAGGACACUAUUUUUGAACUAAAAGAUAAUCGAGGUGGACCAAAAACUAUCAUUGUGAUAGCUCAUAGGCUUUCUACCAUAGUUGCUGCAGACAAGAUAUUUGUAAUGGAUAGAGGUCAGGUCAUUGAGAUCGGUAACCACGAGGAGCUCCUCAGCAAAGAUGGGUACUAUGCUCGAUUGGUCAAAGUACAUAACAAUAUGUUUACUUCAAUCUCUAGUCAACAUCCGGAUUGAUACCAGGUCUUCUACAUAUUUCAUUCAAGCCCACAAGUGAAGGGAAUUGUUAGAUGUUAUAAUAUUAAAUUUAUCUUCGCUCGUCAUGUUUUAUGGUCUAUCAGUAAUUUAACAUUUUGGUAAUUUGUCUUUACUGAAAUUCUUGAUCACUUUGUGGUCUUGGCAACAGAAUUGGAUUUCUUUUCCAUUUAAAAAGGAGAUAGGACCCAUAAAUCCUCCCAAUGAAAGGUUUGUACUCAAAGCUGACUGACAGCACAAAAACAAGAAUGUCGUCAAAUAAGCUCAUCUUUUAUCUUCUUUGACAACUUUACAUUCCCUUGAAAGUGAAGAUAGUUCCUUACUCAAUGUCUCACUAUGAUUCCAAUGUCAGUCGACAUCAGCUCAUAGCAGCUUGGUUUCUUAGCCAAGCGCUCUGGUUCCCUCAGCCAAUAUAGAUUAUGCAAUACGAUCGGCUAUUGAAACAUCCAAGUAAUGAGUAUGAGAAUGAAUUGAGGUGUAAUUUGUUGUUCCAAAUGGAAAAACAAUCUUGUAAACCUCCAUGGAAUGUUGGCUUUUGCAGAAGUAUUCAAUGUGAAUGCAGCACAAUAUUUUGUAAUUUUAAUAUAAAUUCUCAGGUUGAGGUA